UUAUUGGUGUCAGACUGAUAGAUCAAAGAGUUGUAUUAGAUUAAAGGUUUGACCGGUUACGAAAUUUUCGAAAACUAUGCCUGGAAAAUACAAAAUUGUUAUGAUUCGCCAUGGCGAAAGUGAGUGGAAUCAGAAGAAUUUGUUUUGCGGAUGGUUCGACGCCGAUUUGAGUGACAAGGGUCGCGAGGAGGCCGUGGCUGCCGGCAAGGCGUUGAAAGCUGAGGGUUACACGUUCGACAUCGCCCACACGUCGGUGCUGAAGCGAGCCCAGAUCACGCUGAACUCUGUGCUGAAGGAGAUCAACCAGGCUGACCUGCCGGUUAGCAAGACUUGGAGGCUGAACGAGAGACACUACGGUGGACUUACCGGCCUUAACAAGGCCGAGACCGCAGCCAAAUAUGGAGAAGCUCAGGUCCAAAUCUGGCGCCGCAGCUUCGACGUGCCCCCUCCCCCCAUGGAGAAGGACCACCCCUACUACGACACCAUCGUGAAUGACCCCCGCUACGCUGGCGACCCGAAACCUGAAGAGUUCCCGAUGUUUGAGAGCCUCAAGCUCACUAUUGAGCGCACACUGCCGUACUGGAAUGAUGUUAUUGUGCCCCAGAUCAAAGAAGGCAAGAAAAUUAUCAUUGCCGCUCACGGAAACAGCCUUCGAGGCAUUGUCAAGCAUUUAGAUGGCCUCAGUGACGCCGCCAUCAUGGAACUCAACCUGCCCACGGGCAUCCCGUUCGUGUACGAGUUAGACGAAGACAUGAAGCCGACUGACUCCAUGCAGUUCCUCGGUGACGAGGAGACGGUCAAGAAGGCCAUGGCCGCUGUAGCCGCCCAGGGCAAGGCUAAGUAGAGAUUAGACCUUAUUUCUUUUGUGUAACGUGUAUUGAAUAAUAUUCAAUCAUAUUAUGAUGUGUCAUUUAGAAGUUUAAAUAAAAAGUGCAUCAAAUAAUUAGUUUGAGUUUUUCGUUUUACGCGUGGCAGCAAAUAUGUUGGCAAAUGAGUUAACUCAUUUAGGGACAAUCAACGGAAUAAUUAUUUUACUAUCUGAAUUCAAAUUAGAUACGUAAAGUUGAUGCACUUUUUUCAAUAAGCAGUCAAAAAUGAUUUCAUAGGGCGAAACGAUAUUCGUAAUUAUUAGUGUAAGGCAAUAUUCGAUAGAAUUCAGGCAAUGGAUUACAAAUAAGCAUGAAAUUUUACCAGCAAUAUUCGCCUGUCAUAGAUAUUUAGAUGUUUUUAUUCUAGAAGACAGGAAUAUAGACAAUAUUGAUAUCUCUCUAUAAUGUUUUGAUGUUGUUCGAUGUUUGACAACCAGGAAUCUCGAAUAGUUUGCCAUUACACUGUUAAAAUUAAAUAUUUUAAUAUAUGCUCUGAGGAUAACAAAUUAAUACAAUAUCACUGAAUAUAUGCAAGUCAUAUAAACAUGUUGAAAUUUAGUAAUAAGCUUAAUUUUAUUUAUUUAAUAGUAAUGUAAUGAGUGUGAGAGUAAAUAAACUGUUAUGAUGUAAA